GUUCCUGCUUCUGAAAGGCUCCUUUGGUCCCAACAUUGCAGUCCAACAGAAAAACCUAAACCUCUCAUUUUUAUGUAUCUCAGGCCUCAGCAGGAUGGAGCCAUCGGAGAAGCAGCAUGAGGAUGCAGUGGCUUUUAUGCUGCAGGGCAAAAAGUGCCCCCCAAAAAAGAACAGUGUCUCAGGCUGGAUUCUGAGGAACAUCCAGAAGACCUUCCAGAGGCCUACCUCCCUGCAGCUCUCUUCUCCCAUGGCUUUUUCUCAGUGUUGCGGAGCCUCUUGUCCAAACCUGAUAGUAAGUGGGGCCCAUGAAGAGAAGCAUGGGGAUGUAGUGCCUGUUGCCCUUCAGCGUGGUGGGACUUACUGCUCCUUAUUGCCAGCAUCAGCAGGAGAUGGCUGCUCCAACAACACAGCACUCCGGGGCUGGUGGAGCAGUCUGCAGGUCCAGAUGGCAUCCUGUUCCUGUGCCCUCAGACCCAGUCUCACAUCUCCUUCUCCUCUGACUUGUUCAGCAGGCUCUCCUUCCAAGGCCAAGCUCUCCAGCCUCUUCUCCCUCUUCUCACCACCAUCACGGAUCUCUGAGCCUGAUUACAGCUCUCUGCCUUGUGCUGGCUCCAGGAAAUCUAGCAGAGGGAGCUGGAAGAAGAGCUCUCAUUGUGAAAAGUCCCCUGGUCCCAAAUCAGAAAAAUCUGCACAUUUCCCCUUCACAGGACCCAUAAUUGCUCGGAUAACUGACUACAUCUACCUGGGGAACCUCAAUGCAGCCUACAGUGGCCGGGCGCUGUGCACAAAUGGCAUCAACAGCAUUGACAUGAGCAGCCUGCCCAGUGACCACAGCCUGAGCAUCAUCCCCUGUACCUGUGGGAGGGGAGGAUUCAGGCACAACUGGUCACGCCUCAGGGUUGACAUCCAGGCUUUCCUGCAUGGAAGUCUUCAUGAAAUAAGGCAGCCAUGCUUCCUGGUCAUCAACGAGUGCAUCGAAGCCUUGAUGGAGAAAGGGAAGCGUGUGCUCAUUCACUGCAGGGAUGGUUACUCCUUAGGCCCUACCUGUGUCAUCCAAUACCUGAUGGUCAAGCACAGCAUGAGGCUGCUAGCAGCCUAUGAACUUGUGAGGGCACGGUACCCACUGAAAAUUCAAGAGUGCCAUCAGGACCUACUGGUGGGUUUGGAGAUGUCCCUGCAGCCUGGCGGUGUCAACGUAGCAUGCUUGAAGCACUCCCUGUCAAGGAAGAUGGCAUGGAGCUAA